AUGCCUUCGUUGUGUGCAGGAUUUGUCUGCUCCUUGAGCGUAGAAUUCAGAAGUGUUCAAUGUUGCCAGGCUUGCUGCUUCAAGACGGCCGAUGCGGAGACGAUUUUGACAAAUUUUGUCGUUGACACAAAAGUCAAUGUGCAUAUCUUCCAGCCUGGGGGCUACUCCGUGCACACCAAGACAACAGAACUUGGAGUUUACGCGGCAAUCAUGCCGACCGCGCCCAUUAACAUCUACUUUGCCAAGACUCUUCAUGCAACGAGAUCUUUGAGUGUUGAUGUGAAGGACAACAUCCAAGUCGGUGGCCUGGCAGAUAUUUAUCUUCAGGCGCUUGCUGUGGUAACGAUCUGGCGUUUCGAAGUGGACUGGACGUCCACAAUGCCGGUGGAUCUUGAUGCCCAUGCCUUCGACGCUUGGGACUGUCAUGUCUACUUCGCAAACAAGCAAUGCCAACACGAUGGCAGCCACGGCCUCACUGUCACGCUGAACCGAGAUAAUCGGGAUGUCUUGCACGGUAGAGAGGUGAUCACUGUCCACCAGUGGCCAUGCGACUCGGACCAAGCCACCAUUGGAGGCUACAGGGACAUCUGGAGCUGCCUGGCCCAUUUCUGGGUCCAGAUCUUCUCAAACCAUGGCUUUGCAGACGUCCAGGGAACCGUGAGCAUCUUCCGGGGCGGAGUCCUGGUCCAUGAGCUUCAAUUACCUGCAGCCGAACAGCCUGACAGCUUUUGGAUCGGCUUUGUGUUGGAGACUCUGAGAAUUUUGCGGCUGAUUUGUUACUAUGGUUUUCUUGUGUCUCAGCUGCUUUCACAUUUCUUGAGAUGUGGCGGCCAAGGACUGGGGCAGCAGCACCAUCCAAUCCUUCUAUAA